AAUUGGUAGCUGGUGAUCAGGCAGCUUUCAUGCUCCUCUGCCACUUUGCUGCAAUGCCGUACUUCCCAAUUUAUUUCUUCUACCGGUUAAAUUUCUGAAUCAGAUCACCAUUAUUUCCUUAAUUUACCUUUCUUUUUAGAAUGAAGUUGACAAGAAUAUGAGAGUAAAAGAUAUGCCCUGUUUACCUGAAUUUCUUCACCAAUUUAUGUUUAACGCUCCCAAAAAACUCUUUGUACGUGAUCCACCUUUCUUGCAAAUAUCAAAGAAAUCACCAAACACAAACCAAAAUUUACGCUGUUCACAUGCUUUUUGCUGGCUAUACUUAAUUUGAAACAAGAUAGACCGUAUAUUUUGUCUGUUCUGAAGCAAUAAAAAUGCACCGGUUACAAAAGCCUAAGCAUCAAUAACUCUGUUUCCAGCUAAAAGCCAUUGGGAGUCAGGAGUUGAUUGAAUUUUUGUAGAAGAAAAAUUUAAGAUAAAAUGCCAGAGUACUGUGUGACAGGGGGAACAGGUUUCAUUGCUGCUUACCUAGUUAAGUCCCUUCUGGAGAAGGGCCACAAUGUGAGAACCACUGUCCGUGAUCCAGAAAAUGUGAAAAAGGUAGGAUUUCUUUGGGAGCUAAAUGGAGCUAAGGCGAGGCUCAAGAUUGUCAAAGCUGAUUUGUUGGUUGAUGGUAGCUUUGAUGAGGCAGUUCAAGGAGUAGAUGGAGUUUUUCAUACUGCAUCCCCUGUCCUCGUCCCAUAUGAUGAACAUGUUAAGGAAAAUUUAAUUGAUCCAUGUAUAAAGGGCACCGUGAACGUAUUAAACUCUUGCAAGAAAUCAAAAAGCUGUAAAAGGGUUGUCUUGACAUCAUCCUGUUCAGCGAUAAGAUACCGCGACGACGCUCAACAAAUUUCUCCACUCAAUGAAUGUCACUGGAGUGAUACAGAAUAUUGCAAACAACACAAUCUGUGGUACGCCUAUGCGAAAACUCUAGCAGAGAAAGAGGCUUGGAAACUAGCAGAAGAAAGUGGGAUCGACUUAGUUGUGGUGAAUCCCUCUUUCGUAGUUGGCCCUCUGCUGGCACCUCAACCAACCAGUACACUUCAAAUGAUACUGGCAAUUAUUGCAGGCCUGAUCGAGGAAUACCCGAAUACGACAGUUGGAUUCGUGCACAUAGAUGAUGUUGUUGCAGCACAUAUUCUGGCAAUGGAAGAAAGCAGAUCAUCAGGGAGACUAAUAUGUUCGAGCUCGGUCGCGCAUUGGUCCGAGAUCAUUGAAAUGCUGAGGGCUAAAUAUCCAUCCUACAACUAUGUGAAAAAGUAAGCAAAUCAAACAUAUAUUCAGAACUUGUCACAAAAUUAUUGUCACGUUUUUGGUAAUUUUGAGACGGGGUGAAUACGUAUCAUUGAUAUAGUUCACUGGGAGUGAUUAUACAUUGGUGGUUCAUUAGGUGUAGCAGUGUGAAAGGAGAUAACAAUCCCCACAACAUGGACAGCAGCAAGAUUUUGAAGCUUGGACUCCCUCCAUUGAAGUCGGUUGCUCAAAUGUUUGACGAUUGCAUUAAGAGUUUCCAAGAAAAGGGCGUCCUUUAAGGAUCCUACUAUGAAUCAAGUGUGUUACUGAAAACCAAUUAAUGCUGAUGAACCUCAAUAACCAAAUCAAUAUAUGCAAACCAGUGAGUUUCGAAGUUUUAAUCCUUUUGAGUUAGAUUACAGCCAUGAUACAUCUUUUCAUGUGCCAUUGGGUAUUACAACUUAAGUGACUAAAAUUCAUUACAAUUCAACACAUAAUAUAUCAAUCAAAAUACGGCAUGACAUUUUGGAUCCGUAGAAGUGAGAAUGGAUUAGUUCACGAGCUCAUUAUCUUGGCAAAGAAGAGUUAUAAUGAUUGGAUAUUUCGUCGCAAUUACUCUAUUUAGAAAAAUAUAUAUUUUGCUGGUCGGAUAUUUUCUGUAGUCAUGGGCCACUCACUUGGGCUAUGCCCAACUCAAAUGGUAAGUACAACCCAAAUCCAACCUUAGGAGAGGCCAACUUUGUCUGGUCACUAAUAUUUCGG